AGCAUAAGUUUCUCGAAGCAUACAACGUCAAACUGAGACAGUGAAACCGUAAUAUUAUCCUCUUCAAAAUUUUCUGAAAAUUCCUUGAUUUUUAAAUUCACGGGAAGAACAUUUUCUGUACAGAAGCUGAUAUGCUUAUGAAUGGCGUGGAGAGUAGCAGGGAGAAAGGGUAUCCGUGCUUGUCUAGCUGAAGCAUUGACCAUUUCAUUUAGAGAUCCAGUGUUCCCAAAUACCAAAGUUGACCUUGAAGCAGCUCAGACUACAUUUUUUUCCUCAGUCAAGCAGAAACAAUCAUAUAGCGUAAACCCAGGUUUACGGAUAUUUGAUGAUUUGAACUUCUUCAGCAGCAGAUGUCUGAUCAGGCUUUUUCAUGCUAGUCCUCAAUUACUGGUGAGAAGAGAUGAUGACACACCAUGGGGACUAAAGACGCAGCUGAAAGGAAAGUUCAAGAACAGACCAAAGAGCAGUUCAUCGCCAGUUGAAGCUCCUUACGUGCCUCCUAAAAUAAAAAGGGUUUCCAGAUCCUUGCCAGAUAAAACAAUUGAAAUAUUUGAGGGCAUGACCAUUUUAGAGCUUGCCAAGCGAUGUGGAGAAUCCAUACCUACCAUGCAGAGUAUCCUUGUAAAUGUUGGAGAGAAAGUUGAUUCAGAAUUUGACCCUCUUGGCAUUGAUAUUGCAGAAUUGGUUGCAAUGGAAGUUGGGGUCAAUGUAAGGAGGCUUCACUCUGAUGAGGGCACUAAUGUACUACCACGGUCUCCAGUUGUGACAGUGAUGGGUCAUGUUGACCAUGGUAAAACAUCUCUUUUGGAUGCUCUACGUCAAACUUCUGUGGCAGCUAAGGAAGGGGGCAUAACACAGCAUUUAGGUGCCUUUGUUGUUGGGAUGCAAUCAGGGGGUUCAAUUACAUUCCUUGAUACUCCUGGUCAUGCUGCAUUCAGUGCCAUGCGAGCUAGAGGUGCGGCCAUCACAGAUAUAGUUGUGCUGGUGGUGGCUGCUGAUGAUGGCGUGAUGCCUCAAACUCUGGAAGCAAUGUCGCAUGCAAAAGCAGCUGGUGUGGUUGCAAUUAAUAAAUGUGAUAAACCAACAGCUAACCCAGAAAGAGUGAGACUCCAGCUCGCAGCAGAGGGGCUGCUGUUGGAAGAGAUGGGUGGUGAUGUCCAGGUUGUUGAAGUUUCAGCCAUAAACAAGAUUGGACUGGAUAAGUUGGAGGAGGCUUUGCUUCUCCAGGCUGAGUUGAUGGAUAUUAAAGCUCGUAAUGAUGGACCAGCUCAAGCUUAUGUAGUUGAGGCAAGGCUUGACAGGGGACGAGCUACUGCUAUAGUAAAGGCGGGAACCUUAGUUUCUGGUCAGUUUGUUGUUGUAGCCGAGUGGGGAAGGAUAAGGGCCAUCAGAGAUACAGCAGGGAAAAUGACAAAUUUUGCUAGACCUGCAAUGCCCAUUGAGAUUGAGGGGGUUCCAAUGGCUGGUGAUGACAUUAUUGUCGCAUCGGAGGAAAGAGCACGAAUGCUUAGUGAAGGGAGGAAAAAGAAACGAGAGAGGGAUAGAUUAAGGAAAGGACGAGGAAAGAGAAGAAGAAAAGAGAGAAGAAAGUUACAAGAGAAAGAAAAUAAGCCCAAACGGCCAGAAUUGCCAAUUGUAGUUAAAGCAGAUGUUCAAGGCACUGUGGAGGCAGUUGUAGAUGCGCUGAAGGGUCUAAAUAGUCCCCAGCUUCCUGUCUUUGUCGUCCAUGUGGGGGUUGGGCCUAUAUCUCAGUCUGACAUUGAUAUGGCAGAAGCCUGUGCAUGUAUUGUUGGAUUUAAUGUGCGGAAUCCACCUAGUUCCAUCAGUUUGGCAGCAACUCAAGCAGGUGUAAAGAUAAAACUGCACCGAGUCAUCUAUCAUCUUCUGGAGGACAUUGGUAAUUUAAUUGUUGAGAAGGCCCCUGGGACAUUUGAGACCCAGGUUGCUGGAGAGGCGCAGGUGCUGAACAUAUUUGAACUUAAAGGAAGGAGCAAAGCCAAGGGAGCAGAUGUCAAGAUUGCUGGUUGUCGAGUCACUGAUGGUCGCUUCACCAAGUUAUCAACAAUGAGGAUUCUUAGAAGUGGUGAAGUUGUUUUUGAAGGUUCUUGUACGUCUCUGAAACGGGAGAAGCAUGACGUUGAUGCAGUUGGGAAAGGAAACGAGUGUGGACUAGUAAUCCAGGACUGCAUUGAUUUCCGGGUUGGAGACGUUAUUCAGUGCCUGGAGCAAGUCAACAUAAAGCCUAAAUUCAUUUCGUCAGAAAAUGGAGCUGUUCGAAUUGAGAGCUAACGAGUUUCGUGCAGAAGUAUCAUCUGCAGCUUGUGAUUUGGAGUCUGGUUUGCUAGCCCUGCACUUUUCUUGAGUAGAUGACAAUUUUGGUUAAACCAUAGAAUUUUGGGGGAUUGGUGGUAUUUUUUACGAGGAGCUAAAGGCUUAUUACCAGUUUCCCCGAAACCAAUUCUUUUGUUCAUUUUCUGUUGAAGAAGAAACCAAACUCAAUAGGAGAACUCGCAUCGAAUUAGUCAUUUUGAAAGCAUGUCAAGUGUACUAGGGGAUAUAUGGGAACAAUAAAAACCGGAUGAGCAAGUGAACCUGCUAAUCU